GUCUGCAGCAGAACGACUACAAAAAUAAGGUAAAGAAAAAAAAAAGAAAAAGGAAAACUGCAGCUCGACACGGAGCAAUCGCCUUCUAGCCCACGCCGCCGGCGAGAGGGCGCGCCGUAGGCACGGUGUGGACCGUGGACGGCGGCCUCCUUUCCUUCCCGAGUGCUCCCUUUGCCUCCUCCCUUGGCCCCUUGCGACCUGGCCGCCCCAGCGUGCACGACGGCGGCUGACCUCCUUCCACGGCUCCGUUCCACCUGCCUCUCUCUCUCUCUCUCUCUCGGGUUCGAAUCGAAUUGCAGGUAAUAGCUCUUCUCUGGUAGCCUUCCUCGUGGCGGGAGUCCCGCGCAGGCCGUAGGACCCGUGGGUUCAUGGGGAGCCAGACAAUGGCGUCUAAGACCGGAGGCGGGGGCAUCGCCGCCGGCGCUGCGGCGCAGCGUGGGCAGAUGCAGAUGCAGGGCCUGGGGAGGCAAGGAUCCCUGUGCAGCCUUACCCUCGAUGAGGUGCAGAGCCAUUUGGGCGAGCCGCUGCAUAGCAUGAACCUGGACGAGCUGCUCAGGAGCGUCUUUUCCGACGGCGUCGCCGCCGCCGAUGGCGCCACCACCAGCCAGCGGCACGAGCCAGGCUCGGGCCUCCUGCGGCAGGGGAGCAUCGCCAUGCCGCCUGAGCUCAGCAAGAAGACCGUGGACGAGGUGUGGAAGGGGAUCCAGGCUGCCCCGAAGAGGAAUGCCGAGGCCGGCGGCGGCCGGCGGAGGCGAGAGAGGCAGCCGACGCUCGGGGAGGUGACGCUCGAGGAUUUCCUUGUCAAAGCAGGGGUUGUCACCCAAGGAUCGCUCAAGGACCUGGGCGAUGCAGGCAAUGUCGUGGAUCCGGUUGGAAGAGCUGCUGCAGCAACCGGAGCUGUGGAUCUGGCAUCCGGAGCACAGUGGAUGGACCAGUAUAAUCAGCAGAUUGCAUCUGCUGAUGCUCAUCACCAUGGGCAGCAAAGUGUGCAAGGUUCUUACAUGUCCAAUCGAUUGGUCCCUCAGCCACUUAACGUUGGGCUUGGACCGGGUGCAAUUCUGGAGUCAUCCUACUCUGAUGGGCAGACUUCUUCCGGAAUGAUCGGUGGAAUUUCUGAUUCUCAGACGCCCGGAAGGAAGCGAGGUAUGUCGGGAGAUGUGGCAGAUAAGUUGAUGGAGCGAAGGCAGAAGAGGAUGAUCAAGAACAGGGAGUCAGCUGCCCGUUCAAGAGCUAGGAAACAGGCCUACACCAAUGAACUUGAAAACAAGGUAUCUCGUUUGGAAGAGGAGAAUGGGAGGCUAAAGAGGCAAAAGGAGUUGGAUGAAUUACUUUGUGCGGUGCCUGUACCAGAGCCCAAGUAUCAACUGAGGAGAACGAACUCAGCCGAUUUCUGAUCUAUCCGCAGAAUGUUAUUUUGUAGGUUUUGAAGUGUUCUUGCUUGUAAGUUUUGUCUUCUGGGUUUAGAAUCAUUUCCUAGCUUCCUUUUGGCUUAUGUCUAGCUUAGUGAUUUGUAUGGUGUAGAUUUAGCAGGUGCCUAGUAUGUGUUCUGGUAGCACUGCUAUCUUUCCGAGGCCUUGCUACCAUAGCCAGGAGUAUGUAAAUUAUCUGGACACAUCUAGGCUCUCAGAGCUUUCUUAUACUUGCUAGUGACAUCGGCUGCUCUUCCAUAACCGCAAGGAGGAUGCAAUCUUAAAGCCGAAAUACUUAACUAAGAUGAAUGGUUGUAACAUAAGAUCAGUUUCUGGAUAGAACUUCUUAGUUGGACUCAAUGAUCUGAUUGUCCACAAAUCUAUCCUUUUGUCAGAAAUUCAGAGCUAUUUUUGCUAAAAUAUGUUAGUGCAAAAAAUGGUUUCCUA